CCCCUCUUGAUCUCCUUUAUUCAAAAGAUCUCUUUUCCUCUUAUAAUCUGAAUAAAAUGCAACAACCACCGGUAAAGCAAGCGGACGUACGACUUCCGCGGCCACCGGGUACUGAUGUCGAGGGUGGAGCUAGAGUGACACCGGAAUCGUACUCCCCGGGACCGUCAGAUGGGAAGAUUUGGAAGGGUGAAUGGAUGAAGUUAUGGGUAUUGAUUUUUAGGGCAUGUGCUUUGGCCUUUUCUUGCCUAUCUUUCAUCCUUAUGGCUUGUGUUGGUGACUUUUAUCUAUAUUACGGGUUAAGUUAUUUGCUUGGCAUAGCAGUCAUUGUGACGGUGUAUACAGCAGUGCAAGUUGGGAUAAAAGGUCACGAACUUCGUACCAAAACAGACGUAAUUCCACGCAAGGUUGCAAUUUGGAUUGACUUCUGUGGAGAUCAGCUGUUGGCGUACAUGUUAUUUUCAUCAGCAUCAGUUGGGGCAACAAUAUCAGUUGCAUUAAGGAGUGAAUACACGGGUGUUGGCUUAGAACUUGUGGCAGCUUCAGUCAGCAUGUCUGUUUUGGCAUUUGUUUCUCUAACACCUGCUGCACUCUUUUCUGCAUAUCGUUUAUUCGCUAAUUUAUCAAAUUAAAAUCUUUGUAAUCCCUAAUAAACUAAUAAGUUUCUUUUGAUUCUUUUUUUGUUCUUUUUCUUUCAAUUCUUUGCUUCUUAUAUAUUUGUCCAUGUCAACUAUUGGUGAUGAUGUUUAUAAAUGAAUGAUCCUAUGCAUAAAUUUAUUAUUGCUUUCUUGAUUUUCUAC